GUCACUUUCGCGGCAGGCGGAACAAUCUGGGCAACUACUGGGGCGCUUGACUUGUGAGUCCGUCUCGUCGCCGGGGUGGUGGGACGUAUCGUCGUCGUCGUCGUCGUCGCUCGCGGGUGCAUCUGUCGACGGGAGGCCGCGGCGACGAAGUGGCCGUCAGCCGAGCGUGCCGCGAACCGGUCGUUCCAGAGAGUGUAACAACUGGCAAGAUGAAGAUGGCGGACGGACCCACGAUCCUGCGGAGAAACAGGCCCGGGACGAAAGCAGAGGAUUUCAGCAGGUGGCCGGACGAGCCGUUCGAGGAGAUGGAUAGCACGCUGGCCGUGCAGCAGUACAUUCAACAGAUGAUCCGAAGAGAUCCGUCUAAUAUCGACUUGAUACUCAAUAUGCCGGAGGCGAACGACGAAGGUGUGUGGAAGUACGAGCAUCUCAGGCAGUUCUGCAUGGAGCUGAACGGUCUGGCGGUCAGAUUGCAAGAGGAGUGCCAUCCCGAGACCUGCACGCAGAUGACGGCCACGGAACAGUGGAUAUUUCUAUGCGCGGCACACAAAACUCCCAAGGAGUGCCCCGCGAUCGAUUACACUCGGCACACGCUGGACGGGGCGGCGUGUCUGCUUAACAGCAACAAAUACUUCCCCAGCAGAAUCAGCAUCAAGGAGUCUUCUGUAGCGAAACUGGGCUCGGUCUGCCGCAGGGUUUACAGAAUCUUUUCUCACGCGUACUUCCAUCACAGAACGAUAUUCGAUGAAUUUGAAAAUGAGACUUAUCUCUGCCGCAGGUUUACGGCAUUUGUGACAAAGUACAAUCUGAUGUCAAAGGACAAUUUGAUAGUACCUAUUAUGGAAGGUGAAGGCGCAACGGAAAGCGAAGCAUAGGAUCUAACAUUGCGAUCGUAUUGCCCGAAGUCAAAUUGCCAGAUUUAGUAAAAGAAGAAAAAUGCUAAUAUUCACGCAUUAUUCUGAUACAUUUUAUGAUAAGUAUAAUGAAGAUCUUUGAAAGCGGUCAGUAAAUUCGCCUUUAACUUAAACUACGUGAAUUUUUCUUAUUAAAUUUUGUUGUUUUGUCUUUAAUAUAUAAAAAAUACGAAAAUAUAAAGAAUAUAUAUAUUUUUUAAAUUCGCAUCACAUUGAAAUUUACGUUACUUUCUUCAAAUCAUGGUCUAAAAUCGAAUAAGUUUAAUAUUGAAAAAUUUACUCCUGAAUUUAAAGAUGUAUGACGACGUCCAAAAACACUUGUUUUAUUAAAGAAUUUAGUUGUCAUUGAAAUGUAUUUUCUUCACAUAACUCUGACAAAUUUCAAAGAUCUCGAAAAAGACAUAUUCUUAUCUUUGCUCAGUAUCUUAUUAAACAGAAAUUUUCCUUGAUGAAUGUUUCAUUAAUAGCUGUGUAAUUAUUGCUGUAAACACUAUUUUUCGUGUCUGAUGUGCACAAUCCGUAUAUUUAUUCAAUUCUUUUAAUAUUUAAAAUCUGUGCAACCUUUCAAACGAUAUAUAAGAGUUUACUGCAAUUAUCAAAUUUCUUAAAACAUAUUGUAUAUGGUAUAAUUUAAUGUUAUUCUUUUUAUAAUAUAUUACGUUUAGAUAAGAAAAAAAAAGAGAAAAAGAGACACGAUAUUACAAAUUUUUUAUCUUACACUAUUGAAGUUACUAGAUACUGACAAAAAUCUCUCAUAUCUCUAUAUUAUGCUUUUGUAAACACCUUUUUGUAAAAACAGUAGAUUGUGUCUCUUUAUACACUAUAUGCUGCAAAUAUGUAUGAUGAAAAAAAGAAACGUAUAAUUCAUUUAUAU